GUUAAAAGUGAGGUAUGUUUAUUUACCGAGCGGCUACCUGCUGUUAAUUAGAGUAAAAUCAACGGUCUAAAAAGCCACAAGUACGACUGACAAACGCUAGUGAUCGAAAAAAUAUGAAUAUUUUGUUCGUUUUGGGUGUACUUUGUUUAACCAUCGGCGUGUCUUCGGCCACGGCCAUUUGUAAGGGCUGUGUCAGCAUCGACGAACACAGUUUCGAGAAAGUUUUACCUAGAUUUGAAGUCACUUUACUAAAAUUCGACGACUCCUAUCCGUACGGCGAUAAGCACAACACCUUCACUGAGGUAGCUGCCGAUAUUGCGGACAAUAGCAAUAUUAUUUUGGGGCAAGUUGGUAUUAAGUAUUACGGUGAGAAAGACAAUUCAGAAUUCGCGAAACAAUUCGGGAUACACUCGAAAGAAGACCUGCCAUCUUUAAGGCUGUUUGUACAAGGUGAGGAUGAACCUUUCGUAUACUCUAAAAACAUGCCAUGGACCCAAGACGACAUCAAAAAAUUCAUUCGGGAUCAUACGAAUAUCUACUUGGGCCUACCGGGUUGCCUCGAGACAUUCGACAAGUUAGCUAUGAAAUUGACCACGUCUAGUGACAAAGAGGCUAUCCUCAAAGAGGCUGAACAGGAGGCAGCAAAAUUGAAGGUGGAAAAAGAGAAGAACACUGCCAAAAUAUACAUAAAACUCAUGAAAAAAGUGAUAGAAGGCGGAGUGUCCUUCGUGACCCAAGAAGAGAAGAGGCUUACUAAGCUCCUCGAUGGCAAAGUCAAUGAGAAGAAAAAGCAAGAACUUCAACAGCGCCUAAACAUUUUGAGGUCUCUGGAGCCGAAGCCUGCUAAAACGGAACUUUGAUGGCGAUGGAUACUUUAUUUGUAUCUAGUUGUUUUUGUAGUAUUUUGCUCAUAUUUUCCGAAAAAGCGAAUAGAUUUAGAAGUAUAUAAGUAUUUAACGCAGAAGAUACAACGCCACAAGUAAUUCAUAAAAUUUAUGAAAUUAAAGUAUGGCGUUGUUAUCUUCCGUACUGUAGGACCAAAUACCGAGAUGCUAGCUAGUGUUCCUUAAGUUCCACGACUGAUUCCGUUUUUGUGAUAAGCUUCAAAUUUCCCGUACUAUUAGGGUACAAAUCGUCUGAAUUUUAUAUCUUUUUGUUAAUGUUAUGUGUAUACAGUUGAGGUUUUUAAAAAUGUAAGAUUUUUAAUAUACUUAUAAUGGUUGUGUAUGGUUGUCUUUAAAAUAUAUUUUAUAUUACGACA